AUGAGUCAAAGAGAUACUCUAGUUCAUCUGUUUGCAGGAGGAUGUGGGGGCACAGUAGGAGCCAUACUGACUUGCCCACUGGAAGUAGUGAAAACACGUCUGCAGUCAUCAUCUAUCGGUUUCUAUGUUUCUGAAGUUCAACUGAGUACUGUCAAUGGAGCCAGUGUGGCCCGGAUGUCUCGACCAGGUCUCCUGCACUGCCUCAAAUUAAUAUUAGAAAAAGAAGGACCCCGCUCACUCUUCAGAGGCUUGGGACCAAAUUUGGUGGGUGUGGCACCUUCCAGAGCAAUCUACUUUGGUGCUUAUUCCACAGCCAAAGAGAAAUUGAACAAUGUACUGGAACCAGACUCCACACUUGUUCACAUGGUCUCGGCUGGAAUGGCAGGUUUUACAGCAAUUACAGCAACCAAUCCAGUAUGGCUUAUAAAGACUCGUCUACAACUGGAUGCCAGAAACCGAGGGGAGCGCAGGAUUAGUGCACUUGAAUGCGUGCGGAGAGUGUAUCAGUCAGAUGGCCUUCGAGGUUUCUACAGGGGCAUGUCAGCAUCUUAUGCCGGCAUCUCAGAGACUGUGAUCCACUUUGUGAUCUACGAAAGCAUCAAACGGCGUAUCAUGGAGGCCAAAGCCCCCCAGAACAUGGACGAACAAGAGGAGGUAUCCAAGGAUGCCCUAGACUUUGUUGGGAUGAUGCUUGCUGCCGCCACUUCCAAGACAUGUGCCACAUCCAUUGCUUAUCCUCAUGAAGUGAUACGCACACGGCUACGUGAGGAAGGAACCAAGUAUCGUUCCUUCUUCCAGACUUUAACAAAAGUUCCCAAAGAAGAGGGCUUUCGCGCUCUCUACCGUGGCCUCACCACCCAUUUGGUACGACAGAUCCCCAACACUGUUAUCAUGAUGUACACCUACGAGAUGGUGGUCUACAUCCUAAAUGGUUAA